AUGCAGUAUUACUCCUCCUCCUCCCUGUUGUACAGUCCUUGCACGUGAGAGAAGAAGAAGAAGUGGAAAUGGAGGCGGAGAGGGAGAGUGAGUCGAAUGAGCGAAACGCAGACGAGCAAAACCAGUUAGCGCCCCCCGUUUUCAUUCGAACAAUCAGGCCACGCCCCCCACCUUUUCAACCAACUUUUUUGCGUCUGUUUCCCCCGUUUCGAUUACUAUUCCGAUGGAAUCGCACCUUCGUCUUAUCGCCUAAAUCUUUCAUUUCUUGAGAAAUUUUGAAAAAUUUUGGCGUUCCCGCCAAGUGUGGGCGAUCAAAAACCACCCACCGCACGCACGUUUUCUUGCGCGCGAAUCGAAUUGAUUAGUUGCACUUUUGGGCGAGAAAAACACAACGAAUACCUGCUUUCUCGUUCCGAAACCUGUCCGCCUCGCCGAUUCGAAACGAGACAGCGAAACCACGCCCACCCACCUUUUUUUGAGAGGCUAUUUUUGACCCCGUAUAUAUUUUUUUUUUUGAAGAAGCGUAGCUUUUAUGCGCAUUUUGACAAAUAAGGCCUUGGAAUUCACAUGUACUUUAGCAAUUUUAAUGCUCCCCACCACAAACGUUCAUUUUUCACUCACUAAUCGUUCAGUUUUCGCCGUUUCAACCCAUUUUUCACGAAUUUCUUGCAGACCCCGUCAAGAGCCGGCCACUGCCAAAAGAUUCCGGAAUCGUGUGCGUGCCACGUGGCGUCCGUCUCCACCGUCGAAAAAAAUGUCGAAGCAGGCUCAAAUGCAGGGCAAAAUGAUGGUUCUGCAACAUCAGCGCACGACGACGCCCGACGGAUCGCAAGUGUAUCUGUUGCAGCCGAGUCAGGGCGGCGGGCAGAAUCAGCACCCGGUAGGCGAGCGAUUUUGGAGAAUUUUCGAAGAACUGCUCAAAAAGUCGAUUUCCGCCCGGGCGGGGCAAUUGGCCGUCCCAUGGCCUGGACUUUUGAACCACUUGCAACGAUGCGAUCAGGCCCGAACUCUGCAGGCUUCUUGUGCGUGGAUUGAAGUAUACUGGGCCCGAGUUUGGCCUAAAAGGUCGAGCUUUCGGCCACAUAUCUCGGGACAGGAUAAUCCGAUCAGUCUGAAACUUGAUCCGAACAUACUUCAAUACAAGUCCAAGAAGCCUGCAAAGUUUGGGCUCGAUCACAUUAUGGAAAGUGGGCCAAAGGUCCAGACCUCAGGCCCCAGUUGAAAAACUUUUUACAAAGCCCAGACACCUAAAACUGCUCGGUCCCCACUCAAAGUCCGCAGAUUAUCAUAAUCUCUUUUUUUUUCUUCGUUUUCAUUUUCGUCCUUCUCAUCUCCACCGACCGAAUUAUUAGGUUUAUAAUAUCGCAAAGUUCAUCGGAAUGAUCUCGGACUUUUCUUUUUUUACAUUUCCUAAAUAUAUAUAUAUAUAUAUAUACAUUGCCUCGCGGUAAACCUAAUUUUGAGCGCCCAGAUUUACUUUAUCAAAUCGUUUCCCCUCAUUUUCACGCUUUCGUUUUGCACGUACUCUACUUUUACCAGCUUUUGUCCAAAAAAUUUGUAGUAAGUGUGGGCGGAGCCUAGAAAGGGAGGGCGGCGCACUUUGAGAGCCAGCUAAUCACGAGAAAUAGUGAGCGUGGCUUGAGCAUCUUCUUCAAAAUCUGCUCUUUUACUCUUCAAAUCCUUCUGACCGCCCGUCGUGAUGUCAGAAGGAUUCUUGCUCAUGUUUCACGCUGUUUAGAGCAUUGUUUGGAGCACAUUCUCGUGACGUUUACGUCAAAAAACCCGAUUCGAAAUAAAGUCGGAAAAAGCCUAAAAGAUUUUACCCGAUUUUUAUUCAAAAAAAAAAAACUACCAAAACCACUAAUUUUUCGUAUACUCGUAUGCUCCAAAGUUGUGUAUUUUGUGCCAAACCCUAUUAUUAUUAUUGUCUUUUUCUUGUUCCCCUCCGCUUCCGGCUAGAAGCCUAUAAUUAUACAACUUUGGGUUGUUUGUACUAAAAAAAAAGAGGGGGUCUAAUGAGGAGCGCAAAAAAUCAUAGAUCCAGCGCGAAAUUGAGCGAAUCUUGAUGAUUCAGAAGACGUUUUUCCCCCAAAAAUUGGCCUCAUCUAUAUCGGCUUAAUUUUCAGCAAGUGACAUUUAUUCCGGUGCAAGUGCAAGGCGAGAAAAAGCCGAUGAUGAGUCAGAUGAUGCAGCAGGGACCGUCCGGCUCCGCGCCCUCCUCCUCGUCCCAACAACAACAGCAGCAGCAGCAGCAGCAGCAGCAACAACAUCUGAUGAUGGAGACGAUCGACCAGGUGUCGAGUGGUGGAGGCAUGUCCCAGCAACAGCAGCAGCAGCAACAGAACGGAGUGCCGACGCGCAGGGACCCGGUCCCGAUCGCUCCGGCACCCGGACACGGACGACAGGCAAACGGACCGUCGACGAGCAACGGAAUGGCGCCGCCCAUGCCCGGCGGACAGCAGCGAAUAACACUGGGUAAGGAGCGAAACAAUCGAGUAUAGAAAGACUGUGAUUUCGAGAAAAAACUCGGGGGGAGUGGGGCGAUUUUAAAGGCGGACUCAGUUUUGAAAUGACAUGCUCAGUAAGUUCAUGGAAUGCUCGGCAUCGGAUCCCUGGUCAAGUUAAAAUGCUAGAUCUUACUUUUUCAUUGAAAUUAACUAUUAAACAACAACCUGGGCGACGUCAUUUGAUUUUUCGAAAAUUUCACAGAAACCCUUUAUUCAUUUAGCUUUGCCUAAUUUCAUUGAGUUUUAGGGAAUCUGCACUUUCAACAAGAUCCGAACGAUCCACAAAAAUGGAUCAUCACGAACGACGGACCGACGAACGGACCCGCUGUGCAGGUCAGUUUUAGCAGCGAGAAAAGGCGCGCUUUUUUCCCCGUAAAAAGCGGUGCUAAAAACAUGCACUGAAUCUCAUUCGACGGUAAAUAUUUUGCAGCAAAACCAGGGAUCGCACCAACGAAUGCAACAGCAACACCACCAACGGCAACAGCAACAACAGCAGCAGCAGCAGCAGCAGAUGGGCGACGAUUCGAUGAACAUGAACAACAUGUCGCAGGACUUCAACUCGAUGGACCACAAUAACGUACUUUCGGACGCGCCGAAGCGGUGCGCGUGCACGUGUCCCAACUGCCAGCAGAACAAUCGACAGUGAGUUUGUUUUGCGGUGUAUCGCCAACUUUUACAUUUUUGCAAGAGGCUUUUUGAUCCACUUGGAAUUCUCCAAUCGGAGCCCCAACUUUUCGAGAUUUUUGAACUUGGAUUGAAGUAUUUUGGGACCAAGUUUUAGAUCCAUCGGAUCAUCGCGAUCAGAUAAUCCGGUGGGUCUGAAACUUGGACACUGUAAAAUUUAAUCCAAGUCCAAAAAGCCUGCAAAGUUUGAGCCCGAUCGGAUUACAUUACAAGUGAGUCAAAAGUCCAGGCCUCGAAAAGCCUGGGCCCUGGAAGCCUGCAAAGUUUGGGCCCUUUCUAAUUUUCACUGUUUUUGCAGAGGCGACGGAAAGAGCAGGAUACACGUGUGUCACAUUUGCAGCAAAACGUACGGAAAAACGUCGCAUUUAAGGUGAGCUCAAUUGUUUUGUUGGAAUAAAACAGCUUAAGGCUAAAAAUGAUUGUAAAUACUUUGUUAAUGUGAACUUUUGCAGGGCACAUUUGCGAGGACACGCCGGAAACAAGCCGUUCGCGUGCGACUGGAAUCACUGUAAUAAGAGGUUUACGAGGUGAGCAAUCAAGUGAUCAACUCCAAGCAAGAGAAACACGGGCCGGCAAAUAAUACGGGCGAUAGAAAAUUGUGAAGCAGUAGCCUCUAAUCUGGCUCAUUUUGAAGAACACAAUCGAAUUGAACUUCAUCAAAAAAGCAAAGGUCCCUCUCUAUGCAUGCUCAUUUCUCGGGAUAAAUUGAACGAAGCGUUAUGGGGCUAUUCAGCGUAUGUUUGUUUUCCGUUUUUUUCGUUUUUUUACACCGCUGAAUUAGGUUUUUUGACGUAAAAAAACGAAAAAAACGGAAAAAAAAACAUUUUUUUCACAGCCUGAAUAACCCCAUUAGUGCGCGCACGUAUGAAAAGCCGGGCCGUGCGAAAUAAAAAAUUCUCCAUAAUUCGGAAACAAGAAAUGAACAUUGUAAAUAUUGCAGAAGCGACGAGCUACAACGUCACCGCCGGACGCACACGGGCGAGAAGCGCUUCCAGUGCAACCAUUGCGGCAAAAAGUUUAUGCGAAGCGACCAUCUGACAAAGCACGAACGGACGCACCAGUCGAAUCGAAUCGCCAACAUCAACCAGCAGACGUUGCGAUUAAACUAA